AUCAUCACCACACUACUAACGUCGAAGACCAAAAAACAACCACAGUACUAGGUUAAUCAUGUUCAGCAACUUCUUUAACAAACGUAAACAACAACGCGAUCCUAUUGCCGUCUUAGAAAACUUAAACAAGACACUUGAACUGCUUGAGAAAAAGGAGGAUGUGCUUCUUAAGAAAGUGAAUGCAGAAAAGGAAAAGGCUAUCGAAUUCAUUAGAAGAAAGAACAAAAGGGCGGCAGCGCAAUGUGUGAAGAGGAAGAAGUUAUAUGAACAACAAAUAGAGCAGCUGGGAAAUUUCCAGUUGCGUAUUCACGACCAGAUGAUAAUGUUGGAAGGUGCUACAGCCACCGCGGAAACAGUAGCAGCAUUAAGAACUGGAGCAGAUGCCAUGAAGAUUGUGCAAAAAGCAACGAAUAUUGAUGAUGUUGACAAGACUAUGGAUGAGAUCAGUCGACAGACUGAUAACAUGAGAAUGAUUCAGGAAGCCGUGUCCUCUCCCAUUGGUGCAGCUUCUUGUUUUGAUGAGGACGAAUUGGAAGCAGAACUUGAAGAACUAGAGGCUGAUGAGUUGGAAGAACAGCUUCUUCAGUCAGGAACUACAGUCCCUGCAGUCUCAGUGCAGCCUACUCGCCCUGUAAUGUCCACUUCAGAAGUAGAUGAAUUGACAGCUUUGCAGGCUGAGAUGGCACUUUGACCAGACAUUUUUGUGCUUGAUGACUACUUGCUUCAAUAUCUCAAGAGUUCUUCUGUCUGAAAUUGAUGAACAGAGCAGACCUUAGUUUCUAUUUCUAUUUUCUGGUUAUCUAUUAGUUUAGCACAAUGGUUAACACUUUUGUUCUUACGUGCAUAUUCUAUAGCACGC